AUGGCAGGCCACUCCGGGUUUCUACGCACUUACAAAUGUAUUACUCGUUCAUUUUUGUGGCCUGGAAUUAAGAGAGAUGUCAAAUUAUUUGUUGCCUCGUGUGAUAUCUGCCAGAGAAACAACUAUGAGGCGAUCCGACCUCCUGGCCUCUUACAGCCUCUUCCGGUUCCUCAAGGUGUAUGGCAGGACAUUUCCCUUGAUUUUAUUGAAGGCCUCCCAAAGUCUGCUGGCAAGAAUGCUUUAUUAGUUGUUGUGGAUCGACUAACAAAGUAUGGCCAUUUUAUCCCUUUGACUCACCCGUUUACAGUUGCAAAAAUUUCUGACAUAUUCAUCAAGGAGAUUUUUCGGCUCCAUGGCAUGCCAAAAACUAUUGUCAGUGAUCGUGAUCCCGUGUUCAUUUCCAAUUUUUGGGACUCCUUCUUCACAGCUCAGGUAACGCAACUCUGCCGCAGCUCUUCCUACCACCCACAGAGUGAUGGUCAGACUGAAGUUCUAAUCGCACAUUGGAACAUUACUUACGCUGUUUUGUCGACGACAAACCCUCCACUUGGGUCCAUUGGCUCCCAUGGGCGGAAUGGUGGUACAACACCACAUUCCAAGCUGCCAUCAAAAUGA